AACAAUAUUGAAUAAAUAUAGUUGAUAAGCCACACGUAGGCUUAUAACAUAAUUAAACGUUAUCACCAAAAUGUCAUUUCAAAAGUCACAACAAACAUUGAAAUGAAUGAGUCAAUUUCGCAAAAUUCGUAAAAGAUUAAGGAAUAUAUGGAAAAUACUGAUAGAGAAAUGUGAGGAGUACAGAAACCAAUUAUUAGGAAAAGAAAUGUCAACUGAGAAAGAAAGGUACAUAGAACACGUAGUGCGGCACUUCCCGCAGCGUUACAACUGGGACUGCGGCGUGUCAUGCGUGCUGAUGCUGCUGGCGGCGCCGCAGCGAGAGGAGAUGCUCGACAACUUCGAGCAGAUCUGCCAGGACGAGGGCUUCCGGCAGUCCACCUGGACUAUAGACCUCUGCUAUUUGUUGAAGAGGUUUGGCAUCAGACACUGCAUGUACACCACAACUCUUGGAGUCAACGAGGACUUCAGAAGGCAUGGCUACUAUGACAGGAUUAUCAAUAUAGACCGUGAACGCGUGCAGCUUCGCUUCGACGAGGCCUCAGCCAACGGCAUAGUGGUGCAGAAGCACUCGCUCACUCACGCAGAGAUGCUCACACACCUGUGCACCUCGGGUCCUGUCAUAGUGCUGGUAGAUGCCACACUACUGGUCUGUGACCUCUGUAAGCAUAAUAAGCUGAAAGCUGAGUUCAGGCGUUGUUUCGGCGGCCCAUACAGUGGCCACUACAUCCUAGUAGUGGGUAGAUCAGGCCACAAACUCCUGUACCGCGACCCCGCCCUCCCCCCGCGGCUGUGCGUGACGUCACCCGCGCGGCUACUGCGGGCCCGCACCGCGUCCGGCACCGACCAUGACGUCAUACUUGUGUACAGGGAUUUUAGGGAAAAAACGCCCUGAACCCUUUGCAAAGGUAACACUGAUAAUAAAUAUAUUUAUCUGACACAAGAAA